AUGCCUCUCCUCCUUCCGCCUCCAUCCCCCAGUAUCGCAAGCAACAAACUCAAACUCUCAACCCUGACCUUCGUAACCUCCAACGCCGACAAGAUCCGCGAAGUCACCUCCAUCAGCAAGGACUAUGGAAUCACGGUCAAUAUCAGAAGUAUUGAUCUGCCAGAAUUGCAAGGGUCCAUUGAAGAGGUGGCCAGGGAGAAAUGUCGCCAGGCUGCUUUGGCUGUCAAUGGUCCUGUUUUGAUUGAGGAUAGUGCAGUUAUAUUCCAUGCCCUCAACGGGUUGCCUGGUCCUUAUAUAAAAUGGUUCUACCACUCCCUCGGACUCUCCGGUCUCAAUCGCAUCCUAGCCGGCCACGAAGACAAAUCCGCCGCUGCAGUGUGCACGUUUGCAUUCUCCUGGGGUCCUCGUCCGGCUCAGGAGGAUAGUGACAGCAACAGCGACAGCGGCAAUGAUACCAGUAGUAAUAGCGGUGAGCCGGAGGUGUUCCUUUUCCAAGGACGGAAUGAAGGUCAGAUCGUUCCUCAGAGGGGGGAAUAUGGGUUCGCAUAUGAUUUCAUUUUCGAAUAUGAAGGCAAGACAUAUUCGGAACUCAAGCCGGAGGUCAAGAACCAAGUUUCGGAUCGAUCCAAGGCUUUAACCAAGUUUAUAGAUUGGUUGGCUAGCUAG